CGUUGCUGGGUCAACGUAGGUGUAGUGUUAAGGGUAGCUCGCGUCGGUCACGACGUACGGCACUGUGUGUCACGGACAGAAAGUGUGGCAGGGCGUGCAAGGAGUACAGAAUCGAGCAUGGUCACCCGAGGGAGUUCAGUAAACGCGGCAGGAUUAUCCGUAGCGGCAGUAGCCCGGUGGUUGCAACGAGCUCGAACGAGGAUCGAAGAAAGAGAAAGAGAACACUCCGGGGGCACAGCUACUCCAGACGGACAAGCCGAUUCACGGACGUUCAAGAAAGGAGGGACGAGGGAACAAAAAUCCAACCUUCAGUGCGAAAACACGGAGCUGGAAGUUGCGGUGAAUAGCGGCUGGCGCGACGUUCGGAUUUCCUCGUAUGAACAAAUUUCCAGUCAGUCGUCGUUCCACCCUCCAGGCAUCGAACCUUACUUUUAGUUUCCUUUACGUGAAGAGAAAGUGUUCGACCGUAAAAUAUCCGAAGAAAAAGUUUCGCAAGGGUGCC